AUGGAGAAGGGGAUGGAGGAGAUGAUGAUGAAGGAGGACAAUGUCCUUCUAAUCAAGACAACCCUCUUCAUAUCCAAUAUCCACUGUCCUACCUGUACCGAUCUCAUCCAAUCCACCCUCGCCUCUCUCACUCCUCCUCCAGCUUCUCACAAUGCUUCCAUCCUCUCAAACAGGGUCGAGGUCUUCCAUUCUCCCCUCCUCCCUCCUCAGAAGAUCAUAAAGGCCCUCAACCUUGUCGGCUUUGACAUUGAAUCAUGCCUCUCAAGCUCCGGUGGUGAUGAAGAGUCCCAGCGUGUCGCUGCCCAGAGGUCUCCAUACCUCCUCGAAGGCCUUGGUGGUAACCUCAUUCGAAAGAUGGAAUCCAAGAAGCGAAAGCGGCACGAAGAACUCUGUGGUCAAUGCCGCUCUGAAAAGGCUGGUGCCACCUCCCCAUCCCCCUAUGGUUCAUCCGAAGCUAUCGCCCGCCCGAUUCCAUUGCACACCAAGCUGUACGGUGAUUCUCAUGCAUCAAAUACAGCUUCUGGUGCUGGUAGUCCCACCGUAGAAAGAAGGCAGCCGUUUCCUUCCCCGCUUGAUGCUGUCGCUGCUAAAGAUUCCGACGACGAAAAGUGGCUUGCUACUCUGGCAAUUCAGGGUAUGACAUGCUCUGCCUGUGUCAAUUCGAUCCGUCAGAACCUUCGGGCCUUCGGUUUCAUCGAAAAGGCCGAGAUAAGUGCUCUCACACACAGUGGAAAUAUCAUAUUCUUCGGGAAACAUAACAUGGACACGAUUGUCGAGGCAAUCGAAGACGGUGGUUAUGAUGUUGAAGUUGUCGACCUCACUCCCUUCAACCCCAAUGAAUACGAAACUCGUGAGCGAACAAUGACACUUCAGAUCAAUGGCCUAUACUGUCCAAAGUGUCCACCUAAGAUCAUGGAAGCCGUUGAAAACUUCGCCUCCUCACAGGUGACGGUCAUCAAACCCAUAACAUCCCCCAAGGUCCCUGAGAUAACUAUUAAAUACACUCCCCAGCCCGACAUCACGGCUCGAAAGCUAAUCGAAAGGAUCGAAUCCGUCGAUCCGGCUUUCAAAGUAAUAGUAAAGCCUUCUCAAUCCUUAGAGGACCGCAGUGCCCUCGUCCACAAGGCUGAAGUCCGUCGCAUCGGCGUUCGGCUCCUUCUCAGUGUCAUCUGUGCAAUCCCUGCUUUCAUCAUCGGUAUCGUGUUCAUGGCGCUUCUUCCCAAGGACAAUAAAUACCGAGUAUGGUCUGAGAAGCCGAUUUGGAGUGGUACUGCAAAUGUGUCGGAGUGGUCAUUAUUGAUAAUAUCGACUCCUGUAUACUUCUUUGCUGCUGAUCUGUUCCACGUCAGAGCCUACCAGGAAAUGCGUGGACUGUGGAGCCGUAAGAACCCUAAGCCGGUUUGGAAGAAGUUUAUGAAAUUUGGGAGCAUGAACUUGCUGAUGUCAUUGGGAACGACUGUUGCCUACUUCUCGUCAAUUGCACUCCUAGCUAUUAAUGCUGCUCAACAGCCUGAAGCAAUAGAUCUUGGCCAUCAUGGAAUGCAAAUGCAGGCUGAGAUGAAGAAGAGCGAAAUCGCCCAUGCUACUUAUUUUGAUGCCGUUGUAUUCCUCACAAUGUUCUUGCUAUUUGGCCGCCUUCUUGAAUCUUAUAGCAAAGCCAAAUCAGCGAACGCUGUCAGCCUCCUUGGCAACUUACGUCCGAAGGAAGCCAGACUCUUGAUUAACCCUGCUUCCACAGAGACCACAACCGUCCCCGUCGAACUCCUCGAAGUUGGUGAUCAUGUGGUCGUCGCUCAUGGCCAAUCCCCUCCACUCGACGGCAAAAUAAUCACAGGUUCCGGGCAAUUCGACGAAUCUGCUUUAACAGGUGAAUCUCGUCUCGUUACCAAAACUACCGGCGACGAAGUUUUUGCAGGAACAGUAAAUCAAGGCCAGCCUAUUACAAUCGAAAUACAGAGCAUCUCAGGCAAGUCUAUGCUUGAUAAUAUCGUUCGCAUCGUUCGGGAAGGGCAAGUUCAGCGGGCACCUAUCGAACGUGUUGCUGAUCUUAUCACUGGAUACUUUGUCCCUGUUGUAUCGUACUUGGCCGUCCUGACAUGGGUUAUUUGGCUCUCCCUUGGUUACUCUGGUGCCAUUCCCUCAGAAUGGGUCGAAGGAAACCAAGGAGGGUGGGCAGUGUGGAGUAUGAGUUUCGCCAUCGCAGUGUUUGUUAUUGCAUGUCCCUGUGGUAUUGGAUUGGCGGCACCGACAGCGCUGUUCAUUGGCACAGGGCUUGCGGCACGAUAUGGAAUUUUGGCAAAGGGUGGCGGUGAAGCGUUUCAAGAAGCCAGUUGGCUCGAUGCUGUUGUGUUUGACAAAACUGGGACACUAACACAUGGAGGGGAACCAGAGGUUGGAGAUGCUGUUGUUGUUGGAUACACCGAGGAAGAGAAAGAGUGGGCAUGGGGUCGAACAGUUUUAGGAAUCGCCGAAGGGUUGGAGAGUGCCAGUGGCCAUCCGUUGGCCAAGGCAGUGCUCAAGCAUGUCAAGGCAGAGGGAGGAGAAAAUGUUGAACGACUAACCGUCGAGGAAAUUCCUGGACGCGGUGUCACCGGAACAUUCAAGAUUCAUGGCGUGGAAGUCGAAGCUUUCAUUGGGAAUGAGGCUUUUAUGCACGAAGAAGGAGUUGUCAUCUCGCAGCAGGUUAAGAAUACUUUGGAAAAAUGGAAGCAGGAAGCCAAGUCCGUGAUCGUACUUGCCGCAGAGAGGAAGUUUGAUGGACCUGCGCCUAGUGGACUAGAGAUUGGAGAAACACCAACAGUUCUAGCUUACUUUUCGGUUUCAGAUCAAAUCCGACCUGAAGCUGGAUAUGUAAUUUCAGAACUGGACAAAAUGGGAAUCAACGUCUACAUGAUUACUGGCGACAAUGCAACUACUGCUUCUGCGGUGGCAAAGACCGUAGGUAUCCCAGCCGAAAACGUUAUCGCUGGAGUCCUCCCCCACGAGAAGGCAGAACAAGUCAAAUAUCUACAACAAACGGCACAGUUACGACGACAUACGGGCAUCGCAGCCUUCUUCCACAGGAAGAGAAGCGUAAAGAAUGCAAACACCCGACCUAGAGUCGCAAUGGUCGGCGACGGUAUCAACGAUUCACCUGCACUGGUUACUGCAGAUGUGGGGAUCGCGAUUGGAAGCGGUAGCGAUAUUGCACUUAGCUCUGCAAGUUUUAUCUUGCUUCGUGAAGAUCUAAGACAGGUCCUUGUCCUCAUGGAACUUGCGAGGAAGGUUAUUAGACGGGUCAAGUUUAACUUCUUUUGGGCGGCGAUUUACAAUGUCAUUGGGAUUCCUAUUGCAGCCGGGGUGCUUUAUGGAUACAAGAGGACGAGGUUGGAUCCAAGUUGGGCGGCUUUGGCAAUGGCUGGGAGCAGUGUCAGCGUUGUGGCGAGUAGUUUGCUGUUGAGGAGUAGGAUUAGGGGUUUGGGAUUUAGGAUUAAAAGGAAUUGGAGAAGCAAGGAGUGA